AUGGCAAUCUUUUUGACAAGGAGACUAUUGAGGUACACUACCUUGGUAGGUGUGGUCCUAUUUGUGGUGCUAACCUUAUCGUCUAAUAAGGACGGUUCCAGUUACGUAUCCACUUAUCUACCUGCAAGCUUGGACUUCUCAUCUAAUGGUGCCCCUCAGCAGGAUAAGUUAUCCACUGCAGAAGACCUAAAGGAGAAGGAGAAAGUGGAUGCUGCUAAAUUACUCCAGGAAGCAAAGUUGGAGCAAGACGCCAACUCUGACGUGGCUUUUGAUGCAGAUGCAAAGAAAGUUACUACUGACGCAAAAGCUAAGGAAGUUGCUGCUGAUGCAGUUGCCGCAGACUCCGCUGCUGCUCCAGCUGCUGCCCCUAAGAAGGACACUCCUGCAGUCGUGGAUUCAAAAUUGACCAAAGAUACUCUAGAGUUCCUUGCUCCAUCUUUUAAGAACAAAGGUAAGAGACCAAAGGCUACAUUCGUCUCACUGGUGAGAAAUAACGAACUAGGCCCUAUGUUGGAUGCUAUUAAGUAUGUGCAAAGAAAAUUUAACGAUCAAUUUAAGUAUGAUUGGACUUUCCUAAAUGAUGAAGAGUUCACUGAUGAAUUCAAAACUAAAGUCUCCGCCGCUAUUAAUGCCACUGUCAAAUUUGGUAAGAUUCCAAAGGAACACUGGUCAUAUCCAGACUAUAUCUCCUUGGAUAAAGCUGCUGAAACUAGAGAAAAAAUGAAGAAUAUUAUUUAUGGUGGUUCCGAAUCUUAUAGGCAUAUGUGCCGUUACCAAUCAGGUUUUUUCUGGAGACAUCCAUUAUUAGACGAUUAUGACUGGUAUUGGAGAGUUGAACCAAGUACCAAGUUGUAUUGUGAUAUUAAGUAUGAUGUUUUCCAAUGGAUGCAAGAUAAUGAGAAGGCUUACGGGUUUACAAUUACCAUUCAUGAAUAUGAGGCUACCAUUCCAACUUUAUGGGACACUUCCAAGAAGUUCUUUAAGGCACACCCAGAAUAUAUCGCCAAGGAUAAUUUAAUGAAGUUUAUCUCUGAUAAUGGCGGUGAAAAAUACAACUUAUGUCAUUUCUGGUCUAAUUUCGAAAUUGGUAAUCUAAAUCUAUGGAGAUCACCUGCUUAUAGAGACUAUUUCGAAACUUUGGAUAGAUCUGGUGGUUUCUUCUAUGAAAGAUGGGGGGACGCACCUGUUCAUUCCAUUGCUGCCUCCGUCUUCUUACCAAAGAGUUAUAUCCAUUAUUUCUCCGAUAUUGGGUACCAUCAUCCACCAUAUGAUAACUGUCCAUUGGAUAAUAAGGUAUGGAAGGAAAAUAACUGUGAAUGUGACCAAAAUAAUGAUUUCACCUUUAAGGGCUAUGCAUGUGGUAGACAAUAUUAUGACGCUGCUGGAAUUGAAAGACCAUCUUACUGGGAAAAAUACAGUCAUUAA